UGGUGUUGUCAACGCUAUGCUAACCAGCGCGAAACAAGGGAGGCGAAAUGAUUUCCAACAAGCCACUCAUACCGCAGCCACCGCUGAAACGAGCUACUCAGAUGCUUGUAAGAUGCCGUUUAGCGAGCUAGCUGAAUAAUUACGUUUCGGUAUCGUCUUCUGUGACGUCUCAGCCCGGAGCGAGGAGGAAAUGAGCCACCCGAGUGUCCGUCGCUGGACGCCCAAGCACGUCGCCAAGUGGCUGAGGGAAGAGGGCUUCUGUGACUACGUGGACCUCCUGUGCAACAAGCACCGACUGGACGGCACCAGUCUGCUGGCCCUCAGCGAGUAUGACCUCCGCUCGCCGCCCCUGGAGCUCAAGGUGCUCGGGGACAUCAAGCGGCUGAUGGUGUCCAUCCGCAAACUGCAGAAGCAGAACAUUGACGUGCUGGAGGAGCUGGGUCUCCCCUUUGACGGGCACUCUCCCAACGGCUCCGGAGGCAGUCUGGACUGGCUGUGUAAUGGAGACCCGGGCCGAGACUGUGACAGCACUGACACGGCGCCGGUGGGGGAGGAAUAUCACCAGUACACCAACGGGAAGUACAAGCAGCAGGCGAGACGCCUAGAUCCAGAGUACUGGAAGACGGUGCUGAGCUCCAUCUAUGUGGUCUUUGUUUUUGGCUUCACGUCCUUCGUCAUGGUCAUAGUGCACGAGAGGGUGCCUGACAUGCGCACCUAUCCUCCACUGCCCGAUAUCUUCCUAGACAGCGUGCCCAGAAUACCGUGGGCCUUUGCCAUGGCUGAAGCAUGCGGAGUGAUCCUCUGUAACAUCUGGUUGUUGGUCCUGCUGCUCCAUAAGCACAGGUCCAUCCUCUUGCGGCGCAUGUGCAGCCUCAUGGGGACGGUGUUCAUGCUGCGCUGCAUCACCAUGUUUGUAACCUCGCUGUCCGUGCCAGGACAGCACCUGCAGUGCUCGGGAAAGAUGUAUGGGGACAUGUGGGCCAAGCUGCAGCGCGCUGUGGCCAUCUGGACCGGCUUCGGGAUGACCCUGACGGGAGUGCAUACCUGUGGAGACUACAUGUUCAGUGGCCACACUGUGGUCAUUACCUUGCUCAACUUCUUUGUCACAGAGUACACCCCGCGCAGCUGGAACUUCAUUCACACGCUGUCCUGGGUCUUGAACCUCUUCGGCAUCUUCUUUAUCUUGGCCGCCCACGAACACUACUCCAUCGACGUGUUCAUAGCGUUCUACAUCACGACCAGACUCUUCCUCUACUACCACACACUCGCCAACACCCGGGCCUACCAGCAAAGUCGACGUGCUCGCAUCUGGUUCCCCAUGUUCUCCUUCUUCGAGUGCAACAUUAACGUCCCCGUGCCCAACGAGUACUGCUGGCCUUUCUCCAGGCCGGCUGUGAUAAGGAGGCUUAUUGGAUGACGGGCGGCGUGCUGUCAGACGCUCCUCAGCCUGCGCCGGGUGUAUUGUGCUUUGUCCAGCUGCCAACGGAGCCGCCGUGUGAUGUCGUCCUCGACGUAGAGCCACCGCUGAGAUCCUGUUGGUACCGAGGCGUGAUAGGAUACACAGAGCCAUACCUUAUAUUCUGUGAUUUGUCUUCAAACCUGCUCCCCCUCCCCACCGGCCGCGCUUUUAGACCAAUUUAACAAAAUCCUCCAAAACCACCCAGACUUUCUUAAAGCCCCCCCCCCACACACACUGCUUGACUUUGAAAAGUGAGCACGGUGGAAAUGUGUUGCCUAUGUCUCUAAAGGGAUAUCAUUUUAUGUAGCAGAACUGCUUUCCUUUUAGUAGCUCUGAUCCUUAAGAAUCGUAAGCCCCUUUUUGAGUAGAGCACACGAUCACAGGAAGCCACAUAAAAACAUUCUCAGGCAGCAGGUUCCCUAAUCCUUCACAGCAGUACGCCGUCUUGUGUGCAAUUAAAAUACCCGCUCACUUCCAAGUUUAGAUCUGGAUUGUUCACUGAAAGCUUUGUCUUUCGUCCCGUUUUGUAAACUCUAAGGACCACUGUUAUCAAAACAUUACUCUAAGGACCACUGUUAAAGCAAUAUGUAAAGAUCUAAAUUACGCUGUUUUUCUGUUUCGUUGUGUUCAUAACUACGAGUAACCUACGCUACUUCUCUGCCGCCCUAAGUCUUUCAUUCCUUAAAAUAGGAAUAAUAUUACUUGAUAUAGACAAAGUGAUUAAUUGCUCUAAUAAUAAUAAUGUCAUUAUCAGCCAAAACAUACAAAGAUUGAUUUCCACUUGUCUUAAGUAUGAUUCCAAUUGCCAAUUACCUUGAGUGUUAUGAGAGGUUUCUCUGUGUAGAAAUGUCCCAAAUAUUUCAUAUUUACUGUUUGAUUGCCGUAUGGUGUUAAAAAAAGAAAACACAGCUUAAAGUGUAAAUGAUAAUAAUUCUUUGACAUUAACUUGUAGAAACAAUUCUUUAAAAGGAUUCAAAAUUUGUAUGUAUUUGUUUAUAUUAAUUUAUUUCAUUUUGUAACGGUCAAUAGGUAUUUUUAUAUUUAAUAUACGAUGUUCCAGCAACAUGCACAUGAAGAAAUAUGUUUACAGUUGCUCAUGACUAUGUAUUUAUUUGCAACACAUUGUGCUUUUUAAGUGUAAUUUUGAUUUCAGAGUGGCCUCUACAUUUCAUUGUGUCUAACCUACCACUGUAGUAAGAUAGCUGCUAUAAUUACAGCGUGUUAGUGAUUAUCCUACAUAGAGUUGACACUACAACUAAUUAUUUUAUUGAGGAAUGAUUAUGAUGUUCAGGCAAAGCCACAUCAUUCGCUUCAUGUUUCAUUUAAUCAUUAAAGAGCUGAAAACAAAGAUCCCUUUCUGACAUU